GAUAUGUAGAGCGGGGCGGGGCUUAUUUUCAGUGCGCAUUUGCUCGACGCCAUUUCGUGCACUCGUCUGUUGGUCGGUGUCUACUGAACGAGCUGGUACGGACUGUAUCCACAAAACAGUACAGCACCGAAUUUUAAUCAUUUUUAGUCUUAAACUCCCGUUUUUGAGGCAGCUUUUUUGACCCACGUCAAUCCAAUCAGGCAGACAGACGACUCGACCUGAAUUACAGACAGAAUGGAUCAUUCCCCCACAACCAGCAGCCUGAUGGCCAGUAACGUCACCAACAAGACGGAUCCGCGUUCGCUGAACUCCCGAGUCUUCAUCGGGAACCUCAACACCAUGCUAGUGACCAAGGCUGAUGUGGAAGCCAUCUUCAGUAAGUACGGGAAGAUCGUGGGCUGCUCCGUGCACAAGGGCUUCGCAUUCGUCCAGUACGCCAAUGAGAGGAACGCCAGAGCGGCGGUUGCUGGCGAAGAUGGGAGGAUGAUCGUUGGACAGGUGCUCGAUAUUAAUCUGGCUGGUGAGCCAAAACCUCAUCGGUCAAAGACUAUUAAACGCUCUGCAGGAGAUAUGUACAGUUCUUCGUUUGAUCUGGACUAUGACUUUCAGAGGGAUUACUAUGACAGGAUGUACUCGUACCCGUCGCGGGUCCCCCCGCCCCCUCCUCCCCCGCUGUCGCGAGCGGUGAUCCCGUCCAAGCGCGCGCGUGUGAGCGUGAGCGGUGGCGGCAGCCGCAGGACCAAGAGCAGCUUCUCCUCCAAGAGCAGCCAGCGCACCUCCCGCACCAUGAGAGCUGAUGAUCUACAAACCAUUAAGAAGGAACUGACUCAGAUUAAACACAAAGUGGACUACCUGCUGGAGAGCCUGGAGCGCAUGGAGAGAGACCACAGCAAGAAAUCAGAUGUGAAGGGCGCUAAACCAGAGGAGGUGUCGCCCCAGCACUCCAGCGGGAAGAAAGAGCGCGAGAGCACGGAAAUGAACGACUAUGAGGACGAGGGAGACCUGCUGGAGGAAGAGGAGAUCAAGAGUCGAGGAAGGGAGGAUGAUGAAGAGGAGGAGGAGGAGGGUGAGCAAGAGGAAGGAGAGGACGAUGGAGACAGCGCCAACGGAGACCAUUCUUAAACGCAACAGUCACGGACACACAUGCAUGCUCACCGUGAGAUAUAGAGUAGAUCCUCUGACCCUUAAUUCACAUUUGAUGUUUUAUUUCAUAAGUCCAGAACGAUAAGACUCUGUGGAUCAUGAUAACGAAUCUCUGCUUGACAAAUGACGUUUUUAGACUGAUCAAAUGCAUGAAACCCUGAUUACAACCACCUUACUAUGAGAUCUCAGAAUUCUUGCAUUAAAAAAAACAGCCAAAUGGUAAGUUUUCUGCUUUAGGAUUGAUGCUUUUGGCUGUAGUGAAAUCUGUCAUUGUCAUUAUUGCACAAGUUUGCAGUAAACUUACCAUGCUAAGCUGUUUUAAGGCUGGCGUUCUGAAAGCUUGAAUGUGUUUGCAUAAGAUUGAGGAGGAACUACUAAGCUAGAUGUGUUAUGAUUGGAUUUUACCAAAACAGUUGGUUAUAGGUUGUGCAUAGCUGAAGGUUGGCGCAAAAGAACUAGUUUUGUUGAACAAACAGCUAACAAACCCUUUUUGUCAAUAAAAAUCAAUGUCCUAAACAACAACAGGGCCAAUCAGAAUGCAUCAAAUUUAGAUAUUAGAGAUCUUAAAGAAACACUAAUGUGCAUUUUGUACCUUGUCAUUUGGUUUGCACCAACCGUAUUCUGCCAGUACAAACAAAUUGGAUUGUCAAACAGUUGUUUUUCCACUUCAGACACGUUCAGGUCCUUCUGGUUUGUUGUUUUUAAAGUUUUCGACCGCUGCGUUAGUUACGGUGAUGAUAACGGUGGCUGGAGUUUGAGGUCAUUCACAUUUUAAACCAGCCUGUGCAGAAAGAAUCGAAUACUCAUGAAUGUCUUUCUUCACCAGUGCUUUUCAUGUUUCUUGUGGUUAUGAAACCCUUCUGUGCAGAUCCUAAAAGUACUGUUCAUUGUGGUCCUCUUCACCAACACAUACUAGACAAUUAUUAGAUUUGUUUGGCUUGUAAGUCUCAAAUGACUCUCAAAAGGAGUCUUGAAACUCUUGAUGGACCCUGAACUAACUGAACUCAUGCAGAGUUCAUUCGUAUGUGUGUGUUGGUUCAAGCGCAACAAUGUUCCUUUAGGACUCAUUUUGGGAAUUAAUGUACUACUUGUCCUGACCAGUGGGCGGCAGUGUGGCCCAGUUCUGUUAUUUAACCUCUCAGAAAAACUGUAUGAUUGAUUGAACUGAACCUUUUUAUAUUCCAAAAGGGGUCACUGAGUGUGUGAGAAUAAGUUUGGAUUGUACAGUCAAUGUAAUUUUACCUAUCGGUUUGUAUUUGUGUUUAGUCAGUGACACUAAGAGGUGAGUUUGCUUCUGUUAAAUGCAAGAUGUGUUUGUAGCCGUUUUUUUCUUAAUUUGUUCUGUUUGUCUUUUGUUUGGUCUGUGUAUUAAGUUUCAAUAAAACUGCAAAUGUUCAUGACA